AUGGAGACGUCUGGAAACACCGACCUUUUUCGACACAUUUCGUUGCAAAUUAGGGCCCUUAAAUUGACCGGGUUCUACUUUUUCACGUCGCAUAACCCAAAGUCGUAUAUAUUUUGGUUUAUUUUGCUCAGUCGUAUUGUUUUUGGUGUUUUCGUUUUUGUAUUACCGAUAACAGGUCAGUUCUUGUACUUUGUCAGAUUGAUCAUGUCUGAAAAUGCCGAGGUACAAGAAGCGGCUGGCAUAAUAAACUUGGUACUGACGGAACUGUUAAUUUCUUUGAUAUUACUGGAUUUGAGCUACCGGCGCAAUUUAUUAUUGGAAUUGAAGAAGCAAAUGCAAAGAAAAGAAUUCCUGCACUUUUCACUUCCUGAAAAAAGAAUUGUUGAGCGAAGCGUCAAACUGUCCAAGAAGCUUUUCUUUUCGAUUUUUGCAAGUGCAGGUGUUGAUAUUGCAGUUCAUAUAAUAGUGGUACCGGGAAUAAAAAAAUUUCAAGCGUUGCCUGUAAAAAUGGAUUUCAUAUUUUUCGAUGCUAACGGGCGGUACUUCAAUUUCCUAUGCGUCUAUCAGAUUCUCUACAAACCCGUAAUACUUCUUGUUUUGUCGUCCCUGCAAACUAUGAGAUGGGCAUUCAUGCUAUGCACAAUCAGCCAAUUGGACGUUUUAAUUUAUAACUUCGAGAACAUGAAAGAGCUCGUUAAGGCACGGAAUUACGAGAUAAAUGAAGCCUUUAAGGAUGAAUUUAAAAAGAACAUCGUUCAUCAUUGUGCCAUUAUAAAAUUUGUUGAUACAAUUGCAAGAACUUUUGGAGGCCAAUUUCUACUGUUCUUUUUGAUAAAUACGAUUAUUAUUUGCACGACUGCAGUGCAAUUUUUUUCGGGAUCCUGCCUGUCGACAAUUGUUUAUUGUUUCCCUUGGAUCUAUUUAGCCCAAGAUAUGAAGAAGAACAUUAUCAUAUUCAUUGUAAGAAACCAACAAGAUCUUGUUAUAAACGCUUCUAAACUAUUACCUAUAUCUAUGGCGACAUUUGGAAAGGUUAUGAAUUGGACUUACAAAGGCUUUGCUGUUUUGAAUCAAAUGAAAAAAUAA